AUGGGUACCUCGUUCCAAGCUCACGUCCACCGCCCCAUCGAGGUCCCCUCGUCGGACAUACUUCUCAACGCUCGAAGCGUUCCGGGUCUCACUGGAAACGGGAUGCAUUCCACUCUCUCCCAGAAUGGCCAGCGCAGCUCCAGUGCCGGGGCCAACUCCGCCCUCGCCAACCUCGUGCAGUCGCUAGGACGCAGGGGCAGUGGGGAGAUGGCCUCGUCCAAGAUCAUCGGCGCGGACUACGAGGCCAUUCUGGAAUGGAUCCGCUCGGAGCGGAUGCGAAAGCUGCCUCCCGAGGGAAGUAGUUAUGAUAGAGUCCUUGUCUGGGCGCGGUUGUUUGUAGAAAGGCUUCAUUCGUUUGAUUCGGCUAUUCAGCACUUCGAGGGAGAUAGUCAUAUGGCGGCGGAGUUGGCGUACAUUCACUGUGCAAGUCUUCUCGAGUUGGGAGAGGAAAACGCGAGCGCUCUCUUGGAUGUCUUUGGUUUCUUCUAUCGUUGCUCGACGGGUUUCCAGAAUUUGCUUCACCGGACGGACUUGUUCACGGUUUCACAGAGCAUCAAAGACCAGCUGAUUCUCGCUUUGGCGGACCUGGUUACCUUGGUCGUCGGGGUCGCAAUCCACUGUCGUCAAACUCUUGGCAGUCUAGCCACGGGCUCUGUCUCCAUUGAUAUCUAUAGUACUUCCAGCGCGUCGAUUGAGAGCUUCCGCGCUCGAUGUGAGCAUGUAUCCCAGAUGAUGUGGAGGCAUCAGCUGCUGGGAGCGGGUCUCCAUGAGGACAAAGUGACGAAAUUGAAGACGAUUAGGAACUGGCUGGAGCCGGAAGAUCCCAUUUUGAGCAACACCACCGAAUUCACGGCCCACUUUGCCCAGGAAAGGGAGGAGUCGACGUGCCUGUGGAUGGCACCAUAUCUGACGCGUUUCCUCAAGAGCGAUCAGAAGACCAUGUUCAUCUCCGGCAAACCGGGAUCUGGCAAGACCAUCCUGGCGACGGUGAUCAAUGACUACCUUCAAUAUCCUAUCGGGGGUGUCAUGUACAAGUCCAUAUUUGUGCCGAUCAAUGCACUCAUCUUUGCCAACACGACCCCGCGCGCAACGGCAAAGACUAUACUCUCUCAGCUGUUUUCGGCACGUAUUGGCAACGUUCAGCUGUACGAGAUUCUCUCCGAUGCGCAUGACCGCUGCCAAAAGACAACUCGUGAAGAGCAGUACGAUAACGAGCUCUGGCGUGCACUCGGACUCGCCCUGCAAGCCAGUCUGCGUGGUGCAAAAGAACUUGUCCUUGUGGUCGAUGGAGCAGACGAAGCCAGCUGCGGAGAGAAUGCUCUAGUUAAUCGGCUCAGAGACGCAACUCUGAAAGCGUCUACUCUGAAGUUGAUUGUCCUUGGCAGCCAGAAGCAAAAGACAUCCACUACACAGACAGCGGUGCAGAUUACCCCGGAACUGAUUUUCGACGACGUGGCCGCGGUCGUCCGGAGGAGCUUUCAAGCCUGCCAUGCGUUUGGUGAGCUGUCCGAAGAAGAGCGGGAGACCACAGUAGCCCAGAUCGCAGAAGCCGCCAAUGGCUCCUUUUUGUGGGCCAAGCUGGCCACGGAAAGGAUCAGAGACGAGCACCCGCCUAACGGGCAAGGGUUGGUCAAAGCUGUUGACGCCCUGGGCAAGGCGGAGCUCUCUGUUACGGAUCUAGUCGUUCAUCGCCUCGACUCGAAAUUGUCCGACGAAGCAAAGAGAAUCUUGGUUUGGCUUGCCACUGCUGUCCGUCCAAUGACUCUGCGGGAGUUGUCUGCGCUUUUGUCUGUUCGAGUGGAUAAGGGCACCAUCGUGGAGACAGAGGUGGAUCCGCUCACGCUUCUGCGACCCCUCGAGUCUCUGGUCUUCUGCCAAAAUAACAUGGUCUCCUUACGACAUGGACAAAUCCGCACAACCAUCAUAGACACCGUCAACAAAGGCAAAGUGUUCCCAACCGUCGGGAGCAGGCAUGUGGAUCUCGUGCGCAGGUUGCUGCUCUACGUCAAGCUGAAUGUAACAGAUGAGGAGGAACGGUCUGAUACACCAAUAAGUUCUCACAGAACUUCCAAGAUGCUGCAGCGGUUCCCACUUGUUGACUUCGCCCUGCGGUACUGGGUAACUCACACGAAAACCGCACUGGGGAGCGAGACAGAUCAGCAGAUCCGCACAGUAGCAAAGGAACUAGGUCCAUUCCUCCCUACCAAGCCAGUUGUGCCGCUACUGGAGAUGACUGUAUGGCGAGCAAAAUCAACUCCGGUGCUGAAGUCACUGCACAGCGUCCAGGUCCGCCUCUACCAGCAGAUACUCACCGUCGACCAUCCCGCAACUCAGCAGGCGAUCAUCUGCCAAGCACUCUUCUACMGUGAGAUACGUGAUAUAGUGCCUUCCGAAGCUAGCGAUAUCUUCUACCAUGCAGCGGUUAUAUGCCAAAAGGCGCUCUCCGCCCAACACGUCAUCACCAGGAAGAUGGCCCUGGACUUCCUCGACAGCACCGCCGAUCAAAUCACCAAAUCACGGACGCAGAUCAUGACAAGACGGACUGAGAUGCUCCAGCUCCUUGUUGAAUGCUACAAGGUGCAGUAUGGGCAGAACAGUAGCAUCGUCAUUUCGACAUUGACUCAACUGGUGGAGCAUUUCAAGUAUAUCAACGAAGAACACAAAGCGCAGCAAAUAGCAGGUUUGCUGCAAACAAGCCUCACAGAGAGUAGUACCACCCAGUCGACCGUUUCCCCUCAAUCGGACGAAUCGUUGCUCGUUCAUCUCCAUGGUCGAAGGCCUAGCGUUCAGGAAGGCACAACCUUUGCCCUAGACGACAUCGAAGCUGAUGAGCCUAUCUCCCAAGCAGUAGACACUCAGAGCUCCUUGUACCGUGAGAUUGAGAGCCACGUGCAGUCCAUCAAAGAGGAGACUGCCAGCUGGUCCGAGUCCACAACAACAGAGUCGAGCUUUCUAGAAAUCAUCUCCAGCCCAUCGGCCACGCACUCCUCUUCCAUCACAGCAGCCCAGAGCCUUACGGAAAUUUACUGGUCUCAGCAUCGAUGGAGAGACGCUACGAAAGCUCUAAAGGCAGUUCUGCGUCGUGUUUGGCCGUCCUUUUUCAGUCCAUCAGUCAGCGACGUGGAGCUUCCGUCCGAGAACGUCGAUCAGUGCAUCGACCUGGCAGAGCGACUGAGGGACUGCUAUCGUUUCAGAGGCCGUGCAGCAAAAAGGGAGAACAUCUCCCUUGGUCUCUAUCACAGCGUGUGCCGAGGCCGUCCUGUUGGAGAUGAGCUGCGCGAAAGAGUCACGCGGGACCUUCUGCAUUUGUAUGAGCGUAAGGGCCAGACCGACAAGCUGAUCCUCAUCCAUCAGGAUAUUCUAGACGACUUGACCAAGAAAUUUGGAGAAGAUCAUCCAGCGGUCCUCAAGGAGCUUCGGAUCUUAGCGGAUCUCGCACGGCCGCACUCAGCUGCGCUCGGCUACCAUCGUCGAAUCGUCCAGAUACUGAACAAACACGCCGACACCUGUCACCCGGAAGCUUUCGAGUCCCUUCUCAUUGUAGCCACGGAGCUUUUGGACCAGGGACAGUACUCGGAGGCACGAAAGACCUGGAGAACCUUGUUCAAUACCCUCCAGCACCCAAACAUCAACCCGAAGCUUCGAGACCAAGGAUUUGUCAAGUCGGUCUAUGAGCGGUACACUUAUUGUCUACGUAUGACUCACGCAGAGCUCCAUGUGAUACACGACGUGACAGUUCAGUAUCGCAAAACGUGCGAGGCCAGAUUCGGAGCCUCCGCCUCAAUUACCAUCCAGGCCAUGACCAGAUUGCUGGAUAUCUGUCGGGAGUCCAAGCGAUACGAAGCCGAAGUCGUCCACUUGUGCGAACAACUUCUCAGGACUCCAUCUGUUGAGGCCGAGAUCGACCAAAAGGAACUCCAAGCAAUACUAGAUGCUCAUUACGAAGAGCAAUACGCCUCAAUCGCAUCUGCCAGUGUCGAGUCUGUUCCCACCGAGCAGAUACAGCGAAUGAUCACCAUCCGCAGGGAACGGCUGGCCACUAUACGGGCUACCUAUGGAUGGGCUCACGAGACCACCCUGUCUGAGAUGAAAGCGCUGGUUGCCCUAUAUAUCAAACGAGGGGAGGCGCAAACCGCCGUCUCAAUGCUUCAAGAAGCAACCUUACACAUUGUUUCGAAGGAAACAUCAGCAUCUAGACUCGCCGCUGCUGCCCAGACUAUUGCGUCCAGCUACAUCGCUACGGGUCAGCUCCGACGCGCAAAGGAGCUCUGCGAGGAACUCUACCGCAAAAUUGUGGUCAAGGAAACCGGUUCCACUAAUUUCGUCCUGCCUUCCGGCGGCCGUCAGAGCCUGGUCUUCCUGGCGCAUUUUGAGCACAGCCUUCGAGAGCAGAAAGAACCCUCGCUCACGGUAAGCGAGAUUCAUUGGUCAUUGUGCGCCGAGUACGUUUAUUUUGAGCGAUACCGAUCGGAAAGCCGCUCCAAGUCCAGUACCCUGGAGAACUUUGUGGGCACUGCUGCUCGCCUGUACGGACUCCUCCGUGCGAGAAACCAGGAGUCGACGGCUGCCCGUCUCAUAGACGAUCUCGCCAACUCCUUCAUCACGACAGAGAAGGAAAAAGUCCAGGUGAGCUUGGGUCAGGCCAAGGCAUUUACCGGCACUCUUGUCGAGUACUUUAGCAUGUACACCACUAAAGACUUUUUGCGGUCCGUGGUCGUCGCAAGCUUCCGCCGUGUGACGCAACUCCUCACUACGAGAGACUACCAUGCUGCCUGUGAUCUAGCGGUGACUGCAUUCAAGUACAUCCAGGCGCACAAUGGACUCUCGUCCUCGCUAGACGUGGUCAAGCUCCUCUUCAAUCUAGGUCUAGCAAUCUCCGGGCAGGGUCUGGACCCGCCUCCAGACUCAGCAACACGGAAGGAAAUGCUUAGCGCAUCAGCCACCAUCAUGAGCGCCACGCUCGGCCACUGCAAGCAAGCCAACAUCGACCUCACACACCUGGACCUGGUGACGCUGAACAAGCUGAUCAAGCUCCUGGACGCACAAAGCGAUUAUGCCAACCUAGCCUGGCUCCUCACAGGGCUCUGGAACAACCGCGACCAGCACCCGCCCUCGCAGCAGGAGGCAGCAUACACACUGGCUCUGGGACGCAUGCUUGUCAUCACCCGCUAUCUGAUGGGCGAGUACAUGGCCGCCAUCCGACUAGCCGAAGACAUCGUCUACAACUGUGCCCGCGUGCAUGGUCCCCAGCACCCGAGCACCCUCGAGAUGACCAUUCUCCUGUCACAGAUGUACACCAGCGUGGCACAGGGAUACCAGGGCCGAAAGGAGCGCCGCGAACUCGCAUACCGGUACUACAAGAAAGCUGCGACGCUGCAUGAGAACGCGCUCCGAGCCUUCAUCGAUCCCACCGCCCUGGCUUCCCUAACCAUAGAUGAAGGAGCGAGAUCGCCCGGCUCUGAAUUCGGACCGCCUAGUCCCGGCGAGAGACCCGAGGAUUCGGGCAAGUAUGUCCGGCAGCACCUGCAUUUGCUCAAGCUAGCAGUCGAGCGGCUGGGCAAUUGGCCAAAGGACUAUACAGAGUACGAGAGGCUCAAUUCCGCUCUGUUCCAGACGUUUGGAAACGAUCUCAAGGGUGUUGAGGGUGUGGACAAGUGGAAUUUGAAGAACUUUGGGUCUGGUCGUGCGGAAGCCAGCGAUGAUUUGAUUUCGCCAAAGUCGCAUCCAGCGUUCGGUCUGGGGGAACAGUUUGCGAUUGCUGUUUGA